AUGAAACAGGGAAAAUGAAAAGGAAAAAAAGAAGUCGAUCUAUGAUGCAACAUCAAAAUAAUUGGAGGGGGAAGGAGGGGAGGUUGUGACAGAGGAAGUGAUGGUGUCAUUGACAGGCGCUGAAGUACCUGUAUCAUAACGGAUCCUGUGGAAGAACACACAAAGAUUGUGUUUGAGAGCAGACGAGAAGCUCCAGCCGUACUGAGCAGAAUUCACAAGCCGUGAGUACACACACAUCUUCUCUCGUCACUUCAUUCCUUGAUGCUUCUCUAGAGCUGUGUGUCUUCCUCCACAGAUGUCCGUCUCCGACAGUCCUGCGUCCUCCAUCUGUAUGUUUGCGCUCCAUCAUCAGUCCUCUAGCUCUCCGGCCGGCGCUCUGAACCCUGACCCCAGCAGCAUGAGCGGUCAGAUGUCUCAGAUGGACUCAGGUCUGUACGGACAGCCCAUGGUCUUCCCCAAGACUCCAGACGGCCGGAGCAUGGAGCAGAUGAUGGGCUUCGAGCCGUACUCCUCGUGUCUGACCCCCAGCAGCUCUGAACGAGCAGUGCAGCAGAACCAGCAGGAUUUUUCGCAGUUUCUUCUGCCGCCCCCAGCCUCCACCCUGCGGCCGAUGGGACAGAAGCGCGGCCCGAGCAAAGACAGCGUGGAGUACCGUCUGCGUAGAGAGCGCAACAACAUCGCGGUGAGGAAGAGUCGCGAUAAAGCGCGGCGUCGGAUCCAGCUGACCCAGCAGAGGGCGCUACAGCUCCAGGACGAGAACCACAGCCUGCAGCUGCACAUCCAGCGUCUGUCGCACGAGGUGGAUUCACUCAGACACUAUCUGUCACAGCGCCACCUACAGGCCAGAGAGCAGGACACCGCUGGAGACUGAAGGUUCUGUUGAUCGUGAUCCAAUCAGUUGGGAUUGGCUUUGUGAUUUUCAUAUAGUUUCAUGUAAAUGUUAUAAUAUCGAACCGUUCGGUAUGGCAUCAAUGGUUCAAUAUGCGCUUGUGAAUUCCGGUUUUGCAUUUGUUGGUUUUAUUUCUCCCAGAAUUGGCUUUGUGCUCAGUAAAUGCUUUCUCACUUUUAACAUGCAUUUUAAAAAGCAGCACACGCCGAGCAUCUAAACCUGUUUUCCAACAAUAGAGGACAUUAUAACUUGUUUUUACAUCACACUUCGUUUUGUGAUCUGAUGUGGCUGAAAAUAUAAGCCUGUUCUAUACUGUAAUAAAGAAUAGAAAUGGUUAUGAGAUG